GGGAGCGGUGUCAAUGUUAAGAUCUGUUAAAUAAUAAUUGUUUGGUGCAAAUCUAUUGAUAUUAAAUUAAAAAAUCUUGUCAACAAACUGAAAAGCCAAAUUAAUGAGGAUGCUGCAGGGUUUUUUUUUAGGUUAAAAAGAAAGCAUCUUUUAUAUUUCACUCUCUGGGUCCUGUGGACCCUGUUGUGAAAGGGAUCGUGAGGGCACAGGUCCACGUUUCUGACUGACACAGGCAUACAAGGGGAGAGAGAGUGCACACAUUACACCCACACUGGAGCCUGGCAGAGCUGAGCAUUUACAAUCGGCAGAAACAGAGGACCUCCCCUUUAAGGUCUGGAUGAGGAAGUGAGAGAGAGGGAGGCUUCCCCUGACUGAGGCUGGAGCGAGGGGGAAGAAGACACAGAGAAAAGGCACAGCUGGCAAGAGCCCUCAACACUAACGAGAUGGUCGCAGAAGGACGACCAGAAUUGUGCGCAUUACCCCAGGUGUGGCCUUAAAUGUGGCGUACAGCUAUAACAUGCUGUCCCAUAAUCAUGAACUCCGACCAGUGAAGAUAAUGGUGACAAACGCCUUCUUCAUCACCCUGUCUACUGAUGACGUCACUUUGUCUUUUGUAUCUUACUGAUGCUAGUCCUAUAGAGAUCCUGCAUAAACAAGAGGCUGAGGAGGCCGUCUCUGAGAGAGCAUCCAUCGAGGACUUGGCCGAGUGCUCAGCGACAUGGAGUCGCAGAAGGACAUUACCACGUGGGAAUCCUUCCGUGCCAAGACCAAGCCCUUCCUGCAGAACUUAAAGAAAGGCAAAAUGUUGAGCAAGAGGAAAGAAGGGAAGAAGAGGCACCUUCUGGACCAGCGGAUGAGCGUGUCAGAGCCAGACAUGGUGCAAGUGGGCAAGACGUACAGUGAGAGCUGCUCCCGCAUAAUUGUCAAGACCUCUGCCAUCAACUACUUCAGCAGCCCGUCCACCCCAGUUAAGAAACGGGAUCAGGUCAUGGUGCCUCAAAUUUCAGUCUCGCCAGGCCACCCUCAGAAACCGGAGAACUCGUGUCCUGAAAAGGAAGCUUGCACACCCACUACAUUACCUGAGUUAGUCAAGGAAUCCAGCAGCAAUAGCGCUGAAGACCUGGUGGAACGCAGCUUCUAUCUUGGAACGGAUGACAAAUAUGCGGAUGAUCUCAGUGAAAGCACUGACCUCGAAUCAUCGCAGAGUUCACAGUUCCUCGAACAGUCCUUCGAACAUGAAGAGCCAGGUCGAGAACCUUCUGCGUGUGGUUUGCCCUCGUACCUUCUGACCAUCCAGUUGAAAGAGGGACGGAAUCUGGUAAUCCGGGAUCGCUGUGGUACGAGUGAUCCUUAUGUCAAGUUUAAACUGGCUGGCAAAACGCUGUACAAGAGCAAGAUCAUGUACAAAAACUUAAACCCUCGAUGGGAUGAGACCUUUGUCAUACCAGUCAAGAACUUGAAUCAAAAGCUGUAUGUCAAGGUUUACGACCGAGAUUUGGCCACGGACGAUUUCAUGGGUUCUGCAUAUCUCAGUCUGAGCGAGCUUGAAGUGAACAGCACGGUACUAAAGCAAUUGCAGCUCGAUGAUCCAAAUAGCCUGGAGGAAGACAUGGGCGAGAUUAUCCUGGAGAUAAAACUUGCCAACAAACCGAGGGACGGCAUAAGAAAUGCCGGUCCAGUCAGGAAGAAGCGAGGGACGCAGACAAAGACUAGCCUCAUCCAGAAUAUCCGCCUGUCUGAUACCCUUCGGAAAAGCCAGUUGUGGGAUAGCAUUGUCACCAUCACUCUGUUUGAAGGAAAAGGGUUCAGAGAAGAUGCAGCAGAAGGAUGCUAUGUCAAAUUCAGGCUGGGAGAGGAGAAGUACAAAAGUAAGGUUCUAUACAAAUGCACAAAUCCUCAGUGGAGAGAGCGGUUUGAUUUUCACCUGUUCAAUGACAGGGCGAGUAUUUUGGAAGUUGAAGUCUGUGGGAAAGUCAACCAAAAACAGGAAGCAAGCUUUGGCAUGUGCAAAGUUAACCUUUUGACGUUCUCCAAGGGACAGGCAAACUGUAAGGAGCUGUCGCUGGAAAAUGGACAGGGUUCUGUGGUUUUGUUGAUCACAAUUAGAACGUGCAACGGGGUCUACAUCUCUGACCCCUGUGUCAGCCCACUGCAUGAUGAGACUGAGAGGCAGCAGAUUAUUCAGAGAUAUUGUUUGAGAAAUACCUUCCAGGAUAUAAGCGACAUUGGGUUCCUGCAAGUACAAGUGGUAAAAGCUAGUAACUUGGCAGCAGCAGACUUUGCAGGGAAAAGUGAUCCAUUCUGUGUUCUGGAGCUGGGCAAUGAUAAGCUACAAACUCACACUGUGUAUAAGAACCUCAAUCCUGCAUGGAACAAAGUCUUCUCGUUUAACAUUAGGGACAUCCAUGAUGUCCUUGAGGUGACAGUCUUUGAUGAGGAUGGAGACAAGCCACCAGACUUUCUGGGCAAAGUUGCAAUACCCUUGCUUUCCAUCAAGAACGGUCAAGAGACUGCCUAUUUUUUGAAGAACAGAAAGCUGGGCCGACCAGAGAAAGGAGUUCUUUACUUACAGAUGGAUAUUAUCUACAACCCGAUUAAAGCAAGUAUCCGGACAUUUAAACCCAAAGAACCAAGAAAUCAAGAAGAAAAUGCCAAAUUUUCCAGAAAGACAUUAACGAGGAAUGUUCGGCGUGUUCGGAAUAUCACCAGGGCGAUAUGGAAUACUUUGCAGUUCAUCCAGAGCUGCUUUGAAUGGCAUUCUCCCCAGAGAAGUUUAAUCGCCUUUCUGUUGUAUUUGGUGAUCGUCUGGACAUUUGAGAUCUACAUGAUCCCACUUGCCUUUUUGUUGCUUUUUGCCUGGAACUACAUUCAGAAAGCCAGAGGGAAAGUGGUCAGCCAGCACUACAUGGAGGAUUAUGACGUGGACAUUGAUGACGACGAUGAGGAGGAUGAAAAGGACUCUGAAAAAAAAGGCUUGAUAGGCAAGAUCCACAUGGUUCAAGACAUUGUUAUUACAGUCCAAAGUGUCCUGGACACAGCAGCAUCGUUUGGUGAAAGAAUCAAGAACACUUUCAACUGGUCAGUCCCGUUCCUUUCCAGACUUGCCUGUACUGUGCUUGCUGUCUGCACGCUCAUGUUAUACUUUGUCCCACUGAGGUAUAUCCUGCUGAUCUGGGGCAUACACAAAUUCACGAAGAAGCUAAGAAAUCCAUACGCCAUCGAUAAUAACGAGCUGCUUAACUUCCUCUCCAGAAUUCCAUCAGAUGUCCAAAAGGUGCAGCAUGCCGAGCUGAAAAUGAGCAAUGGCCUGACUCCUGUUAAGAAGAAAAAAGGCAAUUCAUAACUUGUGGAGUAAGAUGGAGGUGCUGAUACCUUGAUUGUUCGGCUGAGAGCUCCCACUUUGAACUGUCCACUGUCAAGCUUGUUGUCUGCGUGGGUCUGGAUGUCUAUCUUAUUCAGCCAAGAUCUAAAAAUGACUUUUGUUUCAUUCAGUGGAAAUAUGUGCAAUAUUUUGAGUUUGACAUAUGAUUUGAAUUUAAGAUAUUUGGGUCAAUUUGCGGUCUCUUACGCUAUUUUGCCUUCAGUGGGUAUUAUUUUGCCCCUUAUGUUCUGAAACCUUGGGAUCAGUAUGUGUUUAUGCUGCUUGUCAGUAUUCUGAUAGAGGGCCCACCUUUUGAUCACCCUGCAGAUUUUUUGUUCUGUGAACUCAGGUGAGUUCUUUAAAAGACGGCCUGACAUCAGUGCACCAGAUUCCAGCCCAGGUAGGGAAAGCAGCAACCUACCUCCCUCGUUGUGAACAUUUCAGGAAAAAAAGUCCGCAUUGUCCCUGUUUACUCUCUUGGUGUGACAUGAUUCUUUCUGAGUAAAUUUUAGACCAGUCUGUUUUUUUUUACCCCCUUUCUUCCAAACAGGCUAUCAGUUUGUUGAUCACCUGUUUUGUGCUGCUGCCAAAGACCAGUUUCACUCCCCGUUUGCUUUCCUGUUACUUUCCUGCCCCCAUUUCUUUUGCCUUAAUUCCUUUUGCUGCAUCUCUCCCUUUUAUCUCAAGUAUCAUGAACUAAGUUUUGGCCCCAUCGAUUCCACCUCGCAGUGAACAAAGCUUCAAUUUAGAAUGGACGCAAUGGUUGGACUUUCUCUUGCUUUGAAAUCUUCCUGCAUCUUUCGCUAUAUAAAAGACAAGGUAUCUUACUGCGCCAGAUUGGAAGCUGCCAGCGUGAUUUCAAUGGCAAUUCUGUGGGUUUGUGUCAAGUCUGGGACUCUUGCGUACUGGCUGUGGUCAGAUGGGAACCAUAGAUACACUAAUUUAUGCUGCUGCCAGUUUCAAGCCCUGCCUAUUUUUCCUUAUCUCCUCCUGCUCAUUUCUUUUUAACCAGUCCAUCCAGUGCAUUCCAUAGAUGAACUCGGAACGAUCCAUACCCCCAGAAGAUCACCACGCAUUCAGAGCCUGGACAGGAGAGCCAUUAGGAACGAAGUGUGGAAAUCAAUAACCAUGUUACAGAGGGGCAUUUGGAAAAGCACCAGCAAGGAGUUGGAACCACAGAUAUGUGGCACAGAAUCGCAACACACUAGUAUCUUCAGGCUUUGCUCAGCGCCAUGUGCAAUUCCGUCAGCUUCAAAAGUAACUCCAUUGUGUUGAAUUUUUUAAACAGCAGAGGAACAAAGAUGGAAUAUGAAGCAUUAGCAUUUUUUCUUCUUUGUUCAUAGGAUGUGGGCAUUACUGGCUGGGUGAGCAUUAAUUGUCUAUCCCUAAUACCCCAUAGGUCAGUUAGGAUUAAGCCACAUUUCUAUGGCCCUAGAGUCAUAUGUAGGCCAGACCAGGUAAGGAUGGCAGAUUUUCAUCCCCAAAGGACAUUAAUCAGGGGUUUUACAAGUGACAGUGGUUACCAUUAGGCUAUUUUUUAAUCCCAGAUUAUUUCAUUAAAUUUGUAUUUUGUCACUUGGCAUGAUGGGAUUCAGUGUCCCAAGAGCAUUAUCUUUGGGUUUUGGCUUAUUAGUCUGAAUUACUAAGACAUUACCACGAUGUCACUUGCAACUGUUUCUAAUUACAUUUUCUUAAAGCUGCUUAAACAGUUCUGUCCAGGAAUCUGCAGUUUGUUACAUUAGCAACUGUAUUGGGUAACUUAUCAAAAGCUUUGCAGUGCUUUAGUUUUCAAACACAGUACAAGAGCUCUGCAGAACCUUUGUGGGUGAAGUGUAUAGUUGGUCAUACUGAUGGCCGCCUUAACCAUUCACUUCCUCACUUUCUGAAUGAAUGAAUUCUGAAGCCAGGAGACUUACAGCUGUGAAUAGGAAUUGAGUUGCCAAGCGGCUGUUAACUAAUGAUUUACAAGCUAUUUAUUUGCAUUAUAAACAUUUUUUUGCUCUUGGUUACAAGACUGUUUGAAGUGUCUGAAGAAUGUUUGGUUAACAUAGACACCCUUAAGUAAGGUUCUUGGCUCCAGUUCUGUAAGGGAAAGGAAAGGUUUCCAAAUGGAAUGACAGAAAAAGAGUAGCAGAGAUGCUGUGGCUCUUUGUAUAGGUGUGUAUUUAAAAAGUCAACCUCCUCGCUCUCACUUUAAAAGGGCAGUAUGGAUUUGUUCCACACUCUGGUUUUAACUCCUCCUGCCUGGCAGGAACUGAUUGAGACAGUCUCACAAGGCUAGUAGUUGAAAUGAGGGCAGUCACUUUGCUUCUGUGACUGCUGUCUUCCCAUCAUGUCUCUAUAUUAGCCCUGCCUGGUAGAGGAACCAGGAGUCUUGCAAUGCACUUCAGGUCACAGUGCAGUCACCAUAGCAAAACAUUUGCCAUCUAUUAUCUAAAUGGCACUUCAGACUGUUCCCUAUGCCCAGUGUUUGUUAUCCAUAUAUUGACAGAAGAAACCCCAUUCCCUUUUCCAUUUUUGGAACUUGGUGGGGAAUUAAACUCGGACAAUAUAAGUGUUGAAACCUAGGAGUUACUAUUUCAAGAAGCUCAGAGUUUAUAGAGUGAUUAUCACAGAAAUGUUACAGUACAGCAUGAGGCGAUUCUGGUCCAUGUGUCUGUACUGAGUAUUUUAACUCAGUGCCAGCCUUCUGUCUUUUCCUUGAACACUGUUUCUGUGUAAAUAACCAUCUGAUGUCCUCUCGAGUGCCUCAGUUGAAUCUGUCUCCACUACAUUUGCAGGCAGUGCAUUCUGGACUGUAACUACUGGCUUUGAGAAAAAUGUUUUUCCUCACUCAGUCUUUUGGAAAACACUUUGAAACUGUGCUGUCUGGUCCUUGAGCGAUUUGCAAAUGAGAACGGUUUCUCCCUAUCCAGUCUAUCCAGUUUUCACCACAUAAUUUGUUUGAAAACAUCUAUCAAAUCUCUUAUCAGCAUUCUCCUCUCCAUGAAAAAUGCUCUCAACUUCUCCAAUUUUUCCUCAUAACUGAAGUUUUCCAUCGCUAGAACCACUCUUGUAAAACUUUAUAUUCUGUCAAUGAAUUCACAUUCUUCUGAUAGUGGGGACCCAAACUCUGCACAGUACUCUCUGUGAGGUCAUAGAGUCACAGAGAUGACCUGCAAGGAAACAGACCCUUCAGAUCAACUCGUCCAGGCCGACCAGAUAUUCUAAAUUAAUCUAGUCACA